CUCAAUGUUUCUCUGGCUGGGCUCUGAGAGCCGGGCGGCUGGAGCGCGCCCCGGCUGGGUGGAGUCUGGGGGGCAGCGGGUCAUUCCUUCUCUUUGGGUGGAAGGCACCUGGCGACUGAAGAGGGGGAGAUGAGCCGGUACGUUUCUCGAAGCUCCGGGGCUUCCAGGACGGUGCUUUCUAAGGCUCCAAGAAUGCUAGAAGUAAUUGGCCCUAAAGGUGAAGUAUUUUUGGAAGCUGACUUGACAAUUUCUGGGCGGAAUUUAGACAGAGCAGACAUUACUAAGGAAGCAAAGAAUAGACACUAUGGCAAAUUGCAGGUGCUCAAUCCAAAUGAUAGACCAACUCCGAGUUAUUCUGUUCCCACUGAAACUACCUCCCAGGAUGCUGUACACUGUCAUAGCCCUGGAGACACAGGUCAAGAUACAGCAGAUGCAAAAAAUGAUGAUGACUCCUCACAAUGUUCUGAUGACAAAUUAUUAGAAACUACAAUUGAUGAUAAAACACACCACGAUAAAUUUGUUGGGAAAAAUGUUGCACCAUUGGAGUUAAUGACAGAGUUCCUAAGAGCAGUAAUGAGCCGAAACUAUACUGUGGCAAAAAAAUUAUGUCAAUUGAUACUAAUCUAUGAACCAGAAAAUCCUGAAGCCAAACAGUUUUCUUCACUGAUUGAAGAAAAGUUGCUAAUGGAAAAAGCCCAUGCUGGGGAAGAAGAAGAGGAGGAAGAAAGUGAAGAUAGUAGUGAUGAUAGUGAAGAAGACAGCAGUGAUGAUAAGGAUCAAAGUGAAGAGAGUUCUGAUGAAUCUGAAGAUACAUAAAAAAAAAAUUCCUAUGAUUUCGAUGGCCUAAUGGUUUUUUAUUCAUUUUUAGUAACAAUCACAUUC